AGGGAGCCUCUGCUGGUGUUUUGGUCCAGUCGACCCCACUCACCAAAAUGACAGCGAGGAAGUCUGGCUCACGACUGGAGACCGAGAUAGAGCGGUGCCGCUCAGAGUGCCAGUGGGACAAGAUACCAGAGCUGGUACGACAGCUCUCGGCCAAACUAAUAUCCAACGAUGACUUGGGUGAGCUGUUGUUGGGGGAAUGCAAGCUCCAGACAUACUUGAAGGAGAAUCCCAUCAAACAAGGUGCCAGUCCCAGGGGCCCACGACCUAAACUGGUGGAGGUCAGGAAGCACCUUACUGCUGCUCUGGACAGAGGAAACCUCAAGCCUGAUUACCUCCAGGAAGCCAGCCUGUUGAUGGCUAAACUCUGCUAUGUGGAAGGAGAAUACAGAGAUGCUUUAGGUCACUACAGCCGGGUGAGCCUGGAUGAUAUGCAGCUGGCGGGAGCUCCUGUGUACAGGCUGUCCAUGAUAGCAGAGGCUUAUGCUACUAAAGGGUUGUGUCUAGAAAAGGUCCCAGCUGCCUCUCCAUCUCUUACCAAUAAGAACACUGGGUCUCCGUUGUCCAAUAGGAGCACAACGGAGCGGGAGCAGGAAAUCAUCACCUGCUAUGAAAAGUCUGGAGACAUUGCUUUGCUCUACCUGCAGGAGGCUGAGAAGGCGUUGUCAGCUGGGAUUCAGAACCGCAGCCCAAAGCCUGGCCCAACAGCCCAGGACCAGGAACUGGGCUACUUCCUGGAGACAGGCCUGCAGAGAGCCCACGUCAUCCACUUCAAGAACGGCAACCUCACACAAGGUGUGGGCAGGUUUCGGGAGAUUCUUCGGGCUGUUGAGACAAGAACCACCCAGAACCUACGCAUGACCAUAGCCAGACAGCUUGCAGAGAUCUUGCUCAGAGGAAUGUGUGAACAGAGCUACUGGUCUCCUCUGGAAGACCCACCCACAGUGUCACCCCUGGACGAUCCUACACGGCAGGGACACACUCACAGCAAGAACUACAGCCUAAGCCGACGCCCACGAGUGUACUCAGGAGAGAACCUGUUUUGCCCUCAGGAAAACACAGAAGAAGCUUUGCUGCUUCUGCUCAUCAGUGAAUCAAUGGCUAACCGUGACGCUGUCCUGAGCAGAAUUCCUGAACACAACAAUGAUCGGAUCAUCAGCCUACAGUCUGCCUCUGUGGUGUACGACCUGCUGACUAUAGCUCUGGGCAGGAGGGGGCAGUAUGAGAUGUUGUCAGAGUGUUUAGAGAGAGCCAUGAAGUUUGCCUUCGAGGAGUUCCAUUUGUGGUACCAGCUCGCCUUGUCACUAAUGGCAGCUGGCAAGUCAGCUCGUGCUGUUAAGGUCCUUAAAGAGUGUAUUCGUCUGAAGCCUGAUGAUCCCACCAUCCCACUGCUGGCUGUCAAACUGUGUAUUGGACCUCUGCACUGGCUGGAUGAAGGGGAGUGCUUUGCAAAAAUGGUGAUUGACAUGGGAGAGAAAGCAGCUGAAUUCAGAGCCAAAGGCUACUUGGCCAUCGGCCUGGUUUACAGCCUCAAAGCCACUGAUGCAUCAUUGCGAAGCACACAGGAGGACUACCAGAGGAAAGCUUUAGGAGCCUUUCAGAGAGCUCAGAGUCUGUCUCCUACUGACCAUCUAGCUGCCUUCUACUUAGCCCUACAGCUCGCUGUGUCCAGACAGAUCCCCGAGGCACUAGGCUAUGUCCGACAGGCGUUGCAGCUUCAAGGAGAUGACGUCCACUCCCUUCAUCUGCUGGCCCUGCUUCUCUCUGCCCAGAAACACUACCACGACGGUCUCAAUAUUAUAGAAAUGGCUCUGUCCGAGUACCCCGAGAACUUCAAUCUGCUGUACACUAAGGUGAAGCUGGAGGCGAUGUGUAGAGGGCCAGAAGAGGCUCUGCUAACCUGUAAACACAUGCUGCAGAUCUGGAAGAGCUUUUACAACUUGACCAAUCCCAGUGAUUCGGGGCGUGGCAGCAGUCUGUUGGAUAGAGCCAUAGCAGACAGACGACAGCUCAACGCCAUGACUCUGCCUGACUUCAGUGAUCCUGAGACUGGCUCAGUUCAUGCUACGUCCAUAGCAGCCAGUCGUGUAGAGCAGGCUCUGUCUGAGGUGGCCUCCUCCCUGCAGAGCAGCGCCCCUAAACAUGGACCCCUGCACCCUUGGAUGACGCUGGCUCAGAUCUGGCUGCAUGCAGCUGAGGUGUACAUCGGCAUGUCAAAGCCAGCUGAGGCCACUGCGUGCACACAGGAAGCCGCCAACCUCUUCCCCACAUCCCAUAACGUGCUGUACAUGAGGGGGCAGAUAGCCGAGCUGAGGGGCAACAUAGAUGAAGCCAAACGCUGGUACGAAGAGGCCCUGUCCAUCAACCCGACCCACGUCAAGACCAUGCAGAGACUGGGUCUGAUUCUGCACCAGCUGCAGCGCUACAGUCUGUCCGAAAAAGUCCUGAGGGAUGCUGUGCAGGUCAACAGCACGGCUCAUGAUGUGUGGAACAGUCUUGGUGAGGUGUUGCAGGCUCAGGGAAACGCUGCCGCUGCCACCGAGUGUUUCCUCACCGCCUUGGAGCUGGAGGCCAGCAGCCCCAUCCUGCCCUUCACCAUCAUACCCAGAGCACUAUGAGACACACACAGACACACAGACACACACAUACACACACACGCCUUCACAGUUAGAGCCUCAGUACUGUAGCACAGUGGCACAAACGAUGGACCUGCAAGCUGCACACUCCCCGUACACACAAAGCAUGCCUGCAUGCCACUAACACCCACCUGCACAAAGUUGUACUGCCAUACCUUCAGACACACACACACACACACACACACACACACACACACACACACACACACUGUAUAUAAAUGCAAAUAAUACAAAUAAAAGCAUACACAAACGCUUCCUUCUUUCCACCCACAAUGCCUUGCUGUGGCUGUGACCCCCUGACUAUGUGUGUGUGUCUGUGUGUGUGUGUAUGUGCGAGCGAGCGAGGGUGUGAGGGCAUGAGCCAGUGUGCCGAUAUAUUUGUCGUGUGUGUCAGUCUGCGCUGUUUGUGUGCCUCUUUGUGUCUGUGCACCCACAUCCGUGUAUGUGUGCCAACAUGUUCCCUGUGUGCGCACACUUGUGUCUGGUUGUGUGUGGUUUCUAGUAUGCUGUGUGCGGCGCUUGUUGUCUCGUCCUGUUCAGAGAUGUAAAUAAGAUUCAGUUUGAGUCACUACUCUGGCGUUGCAUUCAGAAGCCUAAGAUUUUGUUUACACGUUAUUUAGUCCAAAAAUUCACACAUCUAGAAAAUUUGACAAGAAUGGAUUAUUGAUGUUUCCAUUAUAAGCCAAAAAAUCGAAUUUACUCAAAUGCAACACACACACACACACACACACAUACACACACACACAUUCACUUGUUGCUGUUCAUGUGGAGAGGAUCAUUGUUACUGUGCGGCUGCCUCAGGACAGCCACGUCUUAGAGAUCCCACUGGAGCAUCGACAGACAAGAUUAACAGAUCACUGAAAAAUCAAUCAGUCAGUAAAGUCGAUAUGCCAAAACACAGGGUGCAUUCACACACACACAGAAAAUCAUAUUUGCAGUAGCUCUAGUUGAAGGGCUGACUGUCUUUUUAUGGAGUUUUAAACUGAAGCGCUCUUAAUGUUGUGUGUGCAUCCUUUGCACAGCCCUUGUUUUGUUUAAUGUCAUGUUGUCAGAUUUUAUAGGUUCUCCUAAUGGGUGCAGACUUGACUGAUUUUGACCCAUGACAGUCAUUGAAAUGAAAGAUUGGAAAAGCUUUUUAUUAUUAUUAUUAUUAUUUAGCGCAAACAGGUUACAGCAGCUGCUCAUCUCCCAAAACUCAAACAGCAGCUCCUGUACACUCUUUCUGUUUUUCUCAUGAAUGUGAGGAAUCUGUUAUACACAAUUUCUCAAAAGUCUGAUUUUCUGUUGUGUGUAAAUGCAUCCACAGUGAUUGUGAUUGCGUCCUGUCAACACCAGAUGAAUAUAGUUUCUUUCUUUUGUUUUUUCCAAUUGAUUUUUGAUUAUAAAUACAAAGAAUUAUUGUUGUAUAUUUGAUUGUUCCAAGUGUAUUAUUAUUGUUAUUAUUUUAGAGAGUAAAUUAUAAUUCUAUUUUCUGGAGAGUGAUGUUACUGAGAUGCUGUCGGAGGGAAUGAAAGGAUGAACUGAUUCAGUUUGUUGUCAGUCAGUGAGUCCUUUGUGCUGUAAAUGAAUGACUGAAAUUAGAAUGAUAAUAAUGACAAGAUAAUAAAAGUGGCUAAAAAAAAAAAA